AUGUGGGGAACUCGAACCCGGAGUAGGACAAGGAAUGACACUCGAUCUGCAUCUGCAGAUCAUGUGGAGGGGGAGAAGCUGACUUGGAAGAGAUGUCGUGAUCUGAUAUGGAGACACCUUCAUUUCGUCGGACCAGGCUUGGUGUCGAGCGUAGCAUAUAUAGAUCCAGGUAAUUGGGCGACGGAUUUGGAAGCUGGUGCGACGUAUGGGUAUAAAUUGUUGUUCAUCGUGUUGUUAGCUGGACUGGCAGCUGUAGUACUCCAACUCCUCUCUGUCCGACUAGGAGCUAUCACCUCAACUUCCCUUCCACAACAGACUCGUCUACUAUUCAUUCGCCUUCAAGCGAAAUACCCCAAAUAUCGAAUCCCCCUAAAAAUCUGUCUGUACACUCUGUACGCUCUCGCUGAAAUUGCAAUUAUCGGGACGGACUUGGCGGAGUUGCUGGGUAGUGCGAUUGCUUUGCAUUUAUUAUUCCCUAAAUUACCUCUGUUCGCUGGAGUGCUCAUAACAGCAGUAGACGUGAUGAUUGUCUUGGUCUUCUUCCGAUCGAAUUCAGGUAGACAGGGGAUGUUAUUCUUUGAAAUCGUCAUUGUUUCCUUGGUCCUAGCGGUAUUCGUCAGUUUCAUGAUUUUGCUGAAAUUGACAAAUCCAGUUUGGAAAGAUGUUUUCUUGGGUUUAGUCCCUUCAAAGACUUUGGUCAAACCCGGUGCUCUGUAUAUCGGUGUCGGUAUCAUCGGAGCUACUGUCAUGCCUCACGCACUAUUCCUUGGCUCCUCCCUUGCCUCGGUCGAUCGUUUGAAUAUGUUACCUAUCGAACCGUCCCCUACGAAAAAACCAUUAUCUGUUCAAAUGCCCUCUUUGAACCCAUUCAGAAGGAGACCUCUUCCCACGAAAAAUGAUUCCGAUCUACCCACUAUUCAGUCUCAGGUGGAAGUAAACUCAACGCCUCCAGUAGGAUCAUCUUCGAGACAGAUUCAGGAUACACCUACGCCCUCGAUCGUUGGCGGAGAAGGUAAAGACCUACCUACACCUAUCGAAUAUGAUAUUAAAGAUCAAGAUGAGAUCGAUUAUAUCAAGAGAAUGAAGGAAUAUGAAGUUCGUGUGAGGAAAUUUGAUAGGAUCAAGUGGGUCGAUGUGCACUUAUUACAUUCUACGAUCGACACGGCACUCUCACUCCUUGGUUUCGCCCUGACCAUCAACUCGUCCAUCCUGACACUUGCAGGCGCAGCGUUCUAUUACGGUGACAACGAUGCUAGUGCGGAUGAUGCGGACUUGUUCGGGGCGUUUGCUUUAAUCAAAAGCUACAUAGGACAUGCUGCUGCUAUAAUUUUCGCUUUGGCGUUACUUUGUGCUGGUCAAAGCGCUUCGAUCACUGCUACUUUGGCUGGUCAAGUAGUUUCAGAGGGAUUCAUCAAUUGGAAGACAUCGCCUCUGAUCCGCAGAUUGUGUACUCGACUUAUCGGUGUGAUCCCCGCCGCCAUCGUAGCAUCAGCCGUUGGACCCUCAGGACUGAAUACGAUGUUGGUCGCUUCUCAAGUUUUACUUUCCAUCGUCCUACCUACCGUCAUCUUCCCCUUGGUUUACCUGUGUUCAAGAGAAGAAAUCAUGACUGUACAAGGGCCAGAGUCAGAUGAUGAUACCGAUGUCAAUCAAGGUAUAAGAUUGGAGAAUCUAAAUAAUGAUCAAAUCACGAAUACAAGUAAUGAACAAGAAGGUGGUGAUGGUAAUGAACAUGGACAUUCCACUACAAGGACACAGAUACAGAUACAGGAUAACAUAGAAGAAGCAACAUCAGCCAGACGAUCUAAAUCCUAUGUAUCGCCUAAAUGGGUUACGAUACUUGGAUAUGGUCUAUUUGGAGUGGUGGUUUUGGCGAACGCUUAUGUGAUUGUUCAGUUAUGUUUAGGUAAUGGAUAA